UUAACGUCUCUGAAUUCUCCUGCAGCGGUCCUGAGGAAAACGGGAAGGUUCGCGACCCAUUAAGCCACAGCCUAUGUUCGAAAUAAGAUAACAAACCUUCUGAAUCCGGGCUUAACGAACUGCGUCGUGCACACAUUUAAACGCGUAUGACCUGACCGUCUGUGGUGCGGUUUAGUACUCUAAAUUUUGGGCUCCUACGAGCUAACGCUAAUUUUGCUAGCUAGCAGGUUUGCUAACCAGCGGGCCCAAUAAUGAACUCGAGCACUAACGUAGUCCAAGUGACAAAUGUGUCUCCCAGCACAACUUCGGAGCAGAUGAGGACACUUUUUGGGUUCCUGGGUAAUAUUGAAGAACUGAAGCUAUUCCCACCCGAUGAUUCUCCCUUGCCUGUGACUUCACGUGUCUGUUUUGUAAAGUUCCUCGAAUCUGAAUCAGUUGGAGUUUCCCAGCAUCUGACGAACACAGUCUUCGUGGACAGAGCCUUGAUUGUCGUCCCAUUUGCUGAAGGAGUGAUACCAGAUGAAUCUAAAGCUCUAUCACUGCUCGCUCCAGCCAAUGCCGUUGCAGGAUUGUUGCCAGGAGGCGGGCUUCUCCCCACACCCAAUCCAAUGCCAUCUAUUGGUGGCGUAGCACUGGGUGGUCUGGGAGGGCCUGCCAUGGAUGCUAUGGCAGCAUUGGGCAUGCCUGGACCCAAUAUGAACCCUCAGUCUUUGUCAGCCGAGCAGCUUAUGAAGCUUAUGGCAUCAAUGGAUCCCAAGUUGAACCCUCUGGCCGCUGGGUUGAACCUGAACCCUGGACUCAAGACAGACGCAUCAAACAAGGAGAUUGAGGAGGCUAUGAAGCGGGUGAGAGAGGCCCAGUCUCUAAUCUCCGCUGCCAUUGAGCCAGGAAAUAAGAAGGAUGACAAAAGGAAGCAUUCGAGGUCGAGUUCAAGGUCACGGAGAAGGAGAUCGAGGUCCCGCUCCAAAUACAGGCGUUCAAAGAGCCGGUCACGGCGAAGGUCUCACUCCAGGAGCAGGAGGAGGUCGAAGAGUCCAAGGAAGAGGAGAUCUCACUCCAAAGACAGGAACAGACGGUCCAGAACAAGUAGGGAUCGGCGGAAAGAGGACAAGAGUAGGAAGCGCUCGAAAACCCCACCGAAGAGCUACAGCAGUGCCAGGCGUUCGCGCAGCGCCAGCCGCAGACACCACCGGAGGAGCCGCAGUGCCUCCCGCUCGCCAAAGAAGUCAAAAUCUCCCAAAAAGAGACUGUCUAGAUCUCCUUCUCCCAGGAGACAUAAGAAGGAAAAGAAGAAGGAGCGCGAACGGGACCGCGAACGGGACCGCGAGCGGAAAGACGACCGCAACCGAGACAAGAGGGAGCGCUCCACCAGCAAGAGGAGCAAAGACAAGGAGAAGGAGCGAGACAGGAAGACGGAUGGCGAGAAGGGCGACGUCAAGGUGACGAGGGAUUAUGACGAAGAGGAGCAGGGCUAUGACAGCGAGAGGGAGGAAGAGCGGGAGAGGAGCGUGGAGACGAUGCUGUCCCCGCAGGUGGUCGGCGCUCGGGCCGACAGCGCCGGGAGAGGGGAGUCAGAUGGCCACAGUGACGAGCCGCAGGACGAGGACAUGGACAUGAGCGAGUGACACGGUGGCGGCCCUGUUCACUGAUCGGAAAUUAGCGCUGCCUUUCCUCCCACAGUGUUUUUGGUUAGAGUUGGGGCAGGGGUGGCAGUUCUUAGAUCAGUGGGGAAGGUCAUGGGCACCUUGAGCCAGAAUCUGUGGAGUAUUCCUCUACUUAUCUAGCUAUGUCCUCCUCCGAACUACUGUACUUGUAGUCUUAUGUCCUCAUUCACAUUUUCGAGCCUUUACUCCUUCCAAAUAUCCUGUUGAGACUUGGAAUGAUGUUACUUUAGGUUAGACUAGACACCUUUUGACACUAAAGAGAUCAUUGGAUCGUUUGUAGGAUAUUGCAUCACAAGACACUGACUUGCUUUUGAUUUAAACAUUCUCACAAUCAGGUGGUGUUUGAAAUCCCAUGUUUUUUAAUAAUCGUCAGGCCUACUGUAUGAUACUUUGUCAUUUUAAGUCUUUGCAGAGAUGGUAGUGGGUUACCAAUGACAUUAACAUGGCUUUUUAUUUGUGAUUUUUAGUUUAAAGUCAUGACUGCUAAUAGUAUUACAGGUUAAUUCAAAUGUGUGCUGCAGUUUCUUUAGAUUAAAAAUUGUUUAAUACUCUUAACUCGUCUUUCCUAUCAUCUAUUGUAGAUUACUUAGAGAAUGGUUACCUGUAUUGUUUGCAAUAUGAAAGUUGAAAAUAAAACUAACUCAGUGUCCAUCA